CGUAAUGACGCCACUGUGUGGGAAAUGCCAGAACGCGAUGACGUUUCCAGCGCGCUCAAACCGCUGACCGUCAACCUGUUUUCUUCGCUUCAGAAAGAUCUAGAAGAAAUAAAGGUGUUAUUGGAAAAGGCCACUAGGAAAAGAGUACGUGAUGCUCUUACAGCUGAAAAAUCCAAAAUUUAGAAAAAAAUCAAGAACAAGAUGCAACAGAAAUCACAGAAAAAAACAGAACUUCUUGACAAUGAAAAGCCAGCUGCUGUGGUUGCUCCCAUUACAACAGGAUAUACAGUGAAAAUCAGUAAUUAUGGAUGGGAUCAGUCAGAUAAGUUUGUGAAAAUCUACAUUACCUUAACUGGAGUUCAUCAAGUUCCUACUGAGAAUGUGCAGGUGCAUUUCACAGAGAGGUCAUUUGAUCUUUUGGUAAAGAACCUAAAUGGCAAGAGUUACUCCAUGAUUGUGAACAAUCUUUUGAAACCCAUCUCUGUUGAAGGCAGUUCAAAAAAAGUUAAGACCGAUACAGUUCUCAUAUUAUGUAGAAAGAAAACAGAAAACACACGAUGGGACUACCUGACCCAGGUUGAAAAAGAGUGCAAAGAGAAAGAAAAGCCUUCAUACGACACUGAAACAGAUCCUAGUGAGGGACUGAUGAAUGUUCUAAAGAAAAUUUAUGAAGAUGGAGAUGAUGAUAUGAAGCGAACUAUUAAUAAAGCCUGGGUGGAAUCAAGAGAGAAGCAAGCCAAAGGAGAACCAGAAUUUUAAGACUUAAAGUCCUUUCAAGAACUGUGAUGUGGAAAUUCUGAUGUUUUCAAUAAGAGAAUGUUGGUGAGCAGCACAUAUAAAUUGACAGAUUAACUAUUUACACAGCCUUCUAAGUAAAGACAGUGAAUUCUCCAUGUCCUCCUGGAGAAUUUAUUUAAAUAAAGUAUGCUUAUUAAACACUUCCUCCAAAGAUGAUUUCGUUAGCACCCUGACCAUUUUGUUCAAAAAAAGGAUUAUAUUGCAUUAUUUGAAAUAAUGAAAAUGCUAUGUAUUUUUGUUCAGCUAAGAGAUAGAAAACAAAAGUAUUUGUCUGCCUUUAAGUUAGUGACAUCAAUUCUAGUGUAAGAAAAAGAAAAUGUAAAACUUGAAUUUUUACAUAAAAUACAAGUUUGUACUUGUACUUGGAAGUUAAUUUCUUACUACCAGCUGCAAUGCAUUACCAUGUUCCAGUAAUUCAGUUAUAGAUGAUCCUGUGUAUUUAAAUAUAUUUGUUUAUGCACCUAUAGAACUGAAACUAAAUAGAAACUUGACAAGAAUAGACAAGCAUUAUUGUGUAUACCAGUUAGAAUGUUUUGCCAUGGGUCAGAGGGCUUAUAAAAGUAAUAACCAUAAAGCUAAAAUAAUUAAUUUGAAAAUCCAUCCAUUCCUAUAUUCAAUAAAGUUAGAUUUUUUUAAUUCA